AUGGGAGAAUAUCUUCUCGUGCUCGCCGUGGGCGCCAUUUGCUUGGUGCUUUACAUGGUUAGGCUGAACUGGGUGCUUUCACACACACCUCAGGAGGUGGUUGAUCGUGCGGGAGAGCCGCUGACGAGAGACCACGUCCGAGAUGUAUUUGAGCGGGUGAGGAGGGAGGGGAUUGACUGGGAGGGGAAGCUGCCGCGUCGUAAGGAUAGACGGUAUAUUGUGGUAGGAGGCUCUGAGGAAGACUUUUCACACGGAGCAGCGUCAAAAGUGGCUUUUAUCCAGAUUGACAUUACCAACGAAGCGGAAAUUCUUAAAGCAUACGAAGCCCCUUGGCCAGACGCAGUGGCCAGUCUGCCAUUGACAGUCUUUCACACGGCGGGCGUGAUCCGUCCGUUUGAGCGGUACGAGAUGUUCCACGAGCGAACUUCGCGAGUCAACGUUACUGGCACGGCACACUCUCUUCUGGCAGCGAAGAAGGUUGGCGCCGGAAUCUUCAUAUACACGUUUAGCUUAAACGCCGCUUUGAAGCAAGUCAAGUGGCUGUUUGCGCCGUGGGGAAGGACGCAGCAACCUCGGGGAUUUAUACAGGAUCUUGAUGAUCGGGACUUUUUCGAGCCACUGCGGCCACCACAUACGUUUCUGACCAAUUAUGCGCAGAGCAAGGCCGAGUCAGAGAGGCUGGUCUGUGAUGCAGACGAGAGAGAUGCCCGUCCAGGCAUGCCGGUGCUACGCACAGGCGCGAUUCGUCCUGGAAAUGCUGUUUAUGGGCACAGAAACGAAAGUAUCAACUGGGUACAUGUCGAGAACGCCUCGCUGGCGCAUCUGUUGCACGGAGACGCGCUGCUGGGCGAAAAUGCGGCCAAGGUUGCCGGACGGCCGUUUACCGUGACGGAUAGAGGAAAGCCAGUGAGGUUUGGUGACAUCCACCUCCUCCUGGAUACGGUGAGUACGACGGGGCCGCGCAUGAGUUAUCCGCCGCCGGUGCUGAUGCUGGUGCUCUCGUAUUUGGUGGAGUGGUAUGGCCUCUUGGUGAAUGCGGUGCCGUUUCUGGAUAGAUUUUUGAGUGAGCCUGGAGAGCUUAUUAGGUGGGUUCAGUCGGGGGGUUAUGCAACGAGGUUGAAUUAUUUUGUGGAAUGA